AAUAUUAUGGGUAUUAUUUUACCGAUUCUAUAAGUAUUUUGUACCAAACGUGUUAAAUAUUUUUAGAAAAUAUGUAAAUGGUAUUGCUUCCCCACAUUCCUUGAGAUAUGGUCUUUAUUUUUACUAUCAAAUAUGUUUUGUAUAGUGUGAUAGAUGCAAUAAUAUAUGUAAAAUUUACACCAAAAUUUAUUGUACAUUGUUGAGUCAUUCUUAGAAUGAUAUCUAAAUUUUGUAAUAAAAAUUUCAUUUACUGGCAGUAUGUUUCAAUUCUUCGUCGAGUCAAAAUUUGACAAGUGACUGGGCGUUAAAAUGUUCGAGGUCCCGAAAUAUCCACCAAAAGACUACAUUCUUAAAGAAGUACCUCAAGCUCAAAAAGAUUCUUCCCAGUUCACUCCAGAUGCUCAACCUAGGGUUACACAGAACACCGUCGGUGUAUUUUGCUCACCUGUUCAUUACACAGAAGGAGAAGUUCCCGACAAGUUAGAGCCUACAGCAGUAAAUCCAAGAAUCAUUAAUAAGUGGAUCGACGAUGCAAAGGCUUUUUGGGUAGACGAACCUGGCAAAACCGAUUUGUGUAUUCACAACAUUUUCCAGAAGUUUUCUUCAAAAGUUGAUCGACACGGGCAUAAUAACUAUAAACAAAAAGUCUUCAACCGUUCCUUCAAAUAUGAAUUGGAAUGGUUGGAAGAAAAUCGCCUGCAAAAAUUACACCGUAAAUGUGAAAAAGAAGCGAAGGAAUUUGGAAAAAGUGCUUGUGUUCCGCGGGCAAUUAUCUCAGAAACUUACGACAACGCCCAAGUAGCUAAAUCAACCAUUGACAGAUGGACCGAAGAACCUAAUUUAACCGCUAUCGUAAUCGAUGAUCCAUGUAGGAGGAAACAUCACAUGCUAAUGGUUGGACAACCAUUUAAGACGGAGGCCUGCAAUUUUUAUUAUCGGCAUUAUCCGCCGCCAGAUGUAAAGUUUACUCCGAAAAAAUUGACGGAAAUUUAAAAAUAUAAUCGAAAUUUUGCCGCCAAAGAUAAAAAUAAAUAAAAUAAAAUGCGUAACUUUACUGUGUUUGACCGAUUGUAUGGUUGUAUACAAGGGCCUUGUACUAGAAUUACUUAACAAACAGGCACAACUCUCAGUUAAUCAUUAUUAAACUAAGCUGUAAUAAGCAAGAAUCGAAGAGAAAAAUAAGACUA